CGCGCGCACACCCAGCAGCAGGCUGCAUGCUGGGCACAGAUAGGAUCGCAGAGCUCUGCAAAAAGCCGAGCGAGCCAUGGGUGCUGGAGAAUCGAGGCAACAAGAGUCUUCCUCCAACUACGACGUGAAGUCGGCGGGUGGCGAGGGUGCGCAGGAGCUCCCGCGUGACCUGCACGCCGGGCCCAUCCACAGUCUGGCCGUGGCUGACCAUCAGCAUCUGCUCUCCUGUGGCGCCGACAAAGAGGUGGUGCUUUAUUCAUGGACUAACCACAGACUAAGGGCCAGAUUCAAGGGCCCUACCAAAGACAUAAGUCAGGUUGCUUAUCUGCCGGAUUCCCAACUAGUUAUCGCCGGUUCCCGAGAUAGGAAUAUCUACACUUGGAAGAUCGGUGAGUCCGUACCCAACGGUACCUCACCCCCCACCCGUGACGUGCCGUACCGGACCGUUGACGAACCGGACAAGACCAUUGAGGGCCACACGCUGGGAGUGACGGCACUGGCAGUCAGUAAUGAUCACCCGGACGUCCUUUGCUCCGGGUCUCGCGACAAUUCCAUUUGUCUGUGGGACCUCAAUAUGGGUCGACCCAUUUCCUCGAUGCAGAUCCCAAGAAACCUGGUAACAGGGCUGAAGUGGAUCGAGGGAGAGAAGGCUGUGGUUCAGUCGAGCGAGGACAAGACCCUGAGAGUGUGGGACCUCCGUAGUUGCUGCGUUGCCCAGCAGCUCAAGCCAAAGCAACACGUCCAGGUACAUAUGUACCCUCGCGUCACAGGGACUCUCAAGAAUGAUAAUUUACUAGAACCUUGGCUAGGGUGUUCUCAUGUUGUGGGUGUUCUCAACCACUAUCAGGUAAUGUAUUGGGAGUUCUUAGUAUUGGGAGGUACAUAUCAUUGAGGCUGCUUUUUUCACCAAAUGCAUACCCUCGGCCAAGCAGGUAUUUUGUUACGACCUACAUAAUUAUGUAAAACCGCUUUUUUUGGAAAACCAGUUGUAUACAUUACAUGGCUGUAUAUAUGGCCUGCUGAGAGUGUGGUUCAUGUAACGUAAUGCAUUUGACUAACUGCAUGAUCCGAGGGGAGCUGCGACAACAGUGUCGUGUUUAUUCAAGGGACUUUUGGUAUAAGUGGCCGCAGGUGUACGUAUGUAUAUAGUAGCUUGAGUGUCGGUCUGUGGACACGGACGGACUGUUGUGUCUGAGGUGUGGUUGUGUUAUAGUGUGUGUUCAAGUUGAGAAUAAACUUUGCCAUAUGUACAUUACAAAGGAGGUUUUUUUUCUACAAAAGAACUAUGGUUGUACCAAACUAAGACAGAAUGAACGGGAGAUUGAAGAGGUACAAAAUGGUACCACACACUGGAAAAUAGAGUAAUGGUUAUUUGAGAAAAUCAACAUGCAUUCUCAACGUGAAUGGACUGUAGCGUGUGUCUGUGUGUUUCAGACGUGCUGCGGAGCGACGAGAGAUGGCCAGUAUCUUCUGGCUGGGAGCAGUGGGUCCCAGGGACAAGGGGCGGAGCUAACGGUGUGGGACAGAAGGAAAGAGAGAAAGCCACUGAGAGAGUACAAAGGUCACUCUGAGAGCGUCCAGAGCUGCAUGUUUUGCAGUUACCGUGACAACACCGAGGAACACUUGAUAGCAUCAGUAGCAAGUGAUUCUGUACUCAAAAUAUGGGACAGAGAAACUGGAGAGUGUCUCCACAGUGAAAUCGAAUCAGGUGCUGGACCUCUCACUUCAGUCGUUGCUCCUGACAAAGGAUUAAUUGGCUACAGCUCUUUUCAGAACGGAGUGUCGAUAUGGACUACAAAACAGCUCGAGGGCGACGAUGGCUUGUCUCUCACCAUCAGAGCACGUUACUAGGCAAUUAUUACUCUGUCUCCUCUCAUUGGGCAAUAAAAUUAUACACGGCCUCUCAUCCACAAUUCAGUCAUAGUCAGUUUAUUUUUAUGUAACAGCCAAUAUUUUUUUCUGUAUUAUAAAAUUUUUUACCCAUAACACACACUAUUUGAUCAAAGUUUUAAGUUUCUUGUUUUCGCUUUCUUCCACCUCUAUUUGCCAGUAUCUCCCUUAUUCUAAUAAGUGCACACUCGACACCUUGGUGGGUGACGUGGUGAUUCAAGACGGCGCGGACUUUGACCUCUCCCGAGGCCACACGUGCGGGGAGCAUCUUCACAAUGACCCUGUCACCGUUAGCAACGCCCUCUUUCUCUAAUCGAGCUACGAAAUCCUCUGCCGUCAUGUCGGAGCGUUGGAGUCCAAAGAACACGAUGUUUGUCUCGACUGCCUCCAAAUCCAGGUCGACACCCAGAUCACUCAUGGAGACCAGCCCUCGCCCGAGAAACUUGGCCAUGUUGUGAUCGAUCUCCAGUCGCUGUGACAUUUUCUCCAGGGCAAUAAUCCCCGGGGCAGCGAGGACACCGACCUGCCUCAUUCCUCCUCCGAGAGACUUGCGGACUCUGCGUGCACGGGAGAUGAAAUGGGCGGUUCCGACCAGAACCGAGCCGGCGGGAGCAGACAGACCCUUAGAGAGACAGAUCGUGACCGAGUCGGCGUGUUUCACUAGCUCGGCAGGAGGGAGGCCCAGGGCUGUGGCGGCGUUAAAAAGUCGUGCUCCGUCCACGUGGAUCCUAAUCCCCAGCCCUCGUAUUAGCUCCGCCAGACGGUCCAUAUACUCGGGGCGAAUGACCCUCCCUCCCAUCAUGUUGUGGGUGUUCUCAACCACUAUCAGACGUGUCAUCGUCUUGUGAGGAUCUCCUGCAACUUUGCCCUCCGGUUGAAGCUUGCUGCGUAGCUCCUCCAGGUCCAGUGUACCGUCGGGGAGGUUUCUCACCGUCCGUAGGAAGAAGUUCCCGAUCUGCGCAGCGCCUCCUUGCUCGAAGAGGACCACGUGGGACUGGUCACCUGCCAGCACUUCUUCCCCGCGGGACCAGCAGUGGCUCAUCAUGGCCGCGAGGUUACCCAUCGUCCCCGAGGCCACGAACAGCCCCGCCUCCUUCCCCAGCAGCUCCGCGGCCUUCUUCUCCAGCUCCGCCACAGUGGGGUCUUCUCCGAACACGUCGUCGCCGACUUCCGCCUCGAACAUGGCUACACGCAUCUCUUCCGUGGGCCUAGUCACAGUGUCGCUCCGCAUGUCGAUCACCCUCGGCGAGGUCUCCGCGGACUUGGGCCGCGGCUUGGUGUACAGGACUCCGUAUCUCCCCAUGACCACCAUGCUCAUCCCCUCCUCUCCGUUACUCACUUCCAUCCUAGCAAAGCUUCUGCUAGCUCUCUUCAAAGCGACAGCGAGCAGGAUUGUCCUUUGACCCUUGUUGAUCCAUUUUAGCGAAAAGUACUUAUAAGUAAUUUCAAACUCCAACAAGAGUAGAGAGAAAGAGAGAGGGCCGGUGCAGCGAGAAUAUAACGCGAAGCAGGACUGGAGAGGCGAGAGAGAGGGCCCACAUGUUUGCCAAGUUGAAGAAGAAGGUGUUGGAGGAGGAGGAAGCGGCUGGCGGGCCCGAGCGACUGAGUUUCUCUCCGCGAAAGUUCCCAGGAGGGCCUGUGGCAGUCCGCUCGCCCCCGGCAGUGGGACCCCUUCCUCCGCUUCCAGGGGAGGGCGAGGAAGAAAAGAAACCAGAGGGAGAUGCAGAGAAGGAGAAGAAUAAAGAGGAGAAGCCGCACCCUCUACAGAGCGUAAACCUGAGACCUACAGCGGUCCCCUCUCAUCUCCAGUCCAGUCUAACUCAAGAGGAUGUCCACCAACAUCUGCUCGUCAGAAUAGAUCAACUACAACAGGAACUGGAUGCAGUGAACCAGCGGCACGAGGAGGAGGCCAGAGAGCACCAGGAGGAGAGGGAGAAAUGGAGGGAAGAGACAGCUGCUAAACUCUCUGACAAGGACAGGGUGCGCUACAAUUACCAUGGCACCUAAAUUUUUGAGAGAUGCAAAUUAUUUUUACGACUUCCUUUGUAAUGUGAAAGUGGUUUACACAUUAUAGAUUUGUGAUAGUCGCUUCGGCGAUAAAUAGUUCAGCAGCGAAAUCUUGUUGGUGGGCCGAAUUUUAGUUACGAAAUUUUUCAUCCGUCAGAGUUGUAGUCCAACAUGACAUAUGUACUAGUGUAGUAGACCUAGUUGCAACACUACUCUAGUUACUGAUGGGCUGAAAAGUGAGUUUCUGUUACCAGGAAAUACAGGUUCUCCGGAGCAGUUUGACAAGUCAGACGAGAGGCGCGACGGAGCUCUGAAGCUACAGGUGGUCGAGCUGCGCUGAGAAGGUCACCUGCGAGCAGAACCUCAGGAUGAGGUCUCCCACUUACAGGAGAGAUUGUCUCCGGCUGAGAGAGAUAGGAGGAGGGAGAAAUGGUCUGGGAACCAGAGAGAUGAACUAGAGGACAGAGUUACUGAGUUGGACGAGACAGUGGCACGACAGAGAGUCCCAGUCCAUCCAAUGGCUUGUCUGCGGACCAGCUCCAAUCUCUAGAAACCUUCAAGGCUGAAACUCUCAGUAACAUAGUGAAAGAAAUCAUCAAAAGACGAAGCACUACUCAAACUCAAUGAAAUUAUUGAUCUGAGAGAGGCAUACAUCUAGGACUAUGGACGUGAAAUGGCACGCAUUGAUGUGAGGGCGUGAUAAUCUGCUUCUCUCUGACUGCAUCGCCAUCUUUUAUUUCCUCUCCCAUACACACACAACACACUAACGCAACGCACUAUUACUUACUCCCAUAAUUUAGGUGUCCUUACAAAUUGUAUAAUUCAUCGAAUAGCACGGGUCAAAACCCAUGCCGGCUGGAUGCCCCAUGCCUCCACCCACAGGAAAGGGGGUGUUGGCAUAAAUUAACACAGAAACCAAUAGCUCAAUAUUGCCCAAUGUAAAGUUCCCAGUAGAGUAGAAGUGAGUCAACAGUUAUGAUGCAUACACCUUGGACCCUCAGGGCAGCCACACCGGUGGGUUGGCACACACCUCCCACAUCUGUAGACUAUUGCUUCCUUUUCUUUCC